ACAGUCUGCAGUCUACGGUGAGGCACAGGCCAGCCCAGCUCCACGAGGACUGAACAAGGUGCUGUCCCACUGCCACCAUGCCGGAAGUCGAGAGAAAACCCAAGAUCACUGCCUCCCGCAAACUCUUGCUGAAGAGCCUGAUGCUGGCCAAGGCCAAGGAAUGCUGGGAGCAGGAACAUGAGGAGCGCGAGGCUGAGAAGGUGCGCUACCUGGCAGAGCGCAUCCCCACGCUGCAGACCCGUGGCCUGUCCCUCAGCGCCCUGCAGGACCUGUGCCGGGAGCUGCACGCCAAGGUGGAGGUGGUGGAUGAGGAGCGAUACGACAUUGAGGCCAAAUGCCUCCACAACACCAGGGAGAUUAAGGACCUGAAGCUGAAGGUGAUGGACCUCCGUGGGAAGUUCAAGCGCCCGCCCCUGCGUCGGGUCCGUGUCUCGGCUGACGCCAUGCUCCGGGCUCUGCUGGGCUCCAAGCACAAGGUGUCCAUGGAUCUGCGGGCCAACCUCAAGUCUGUGAAGAAGGAAGACACAGAGAAGGAGCGGCCUGUGGAGGUGGGUGACUGGAGGAAGAACGUGGAGGCCAUGUCUGGCAUGGAAGGCCGGAAGAAGAUGUUUGAUGCCGCCAAGUCUCCGACCUCACAAUAGAGGCCAGCUUGCUGUGCUGCGCUCUGAGCUCCUGCUUCGUGCUUCUUCUCCAACCCAGCUCACUCAUCUCUCUGCCUGUGUCUGGAGCAUCCCUUCCCCCCUUUCCCCCACUUCUUCCCUCCAGCCUGUAUG